AUGGCGACGACAACAUCAGCAGCUGCCGCUGCACGGGCGACAGCCUUCCUAUCGAGACGGCAGAUUGCGCCACGAAGCAGCAAUGGCUGCGCCCGCGCCGUCUUCGGCAAGGUCGGCGCACCACAACAGCAAAAGUCCUUUUCGACAACAUGCCGGCGAGAGCGACAAUUCCAACACGAUCCAUACGAGCAGCUACGACGGGCUGAGCCGCUACUUAGGAAGCGGCCGCAGCAGCAGCAGAGCCACGAACAUUACACGACGGAGCCGCCGCGCAGCUCGCGCUUGUUCGUAGCGGGCUGUGUAGGCGCCGCAGUAGCCUUUUACGUCCUCAACACACAGACUGUGCCGGUGACGGGGCGUCGACGGUUCAAUUUCUUGUCCGACGAGGUGGUGAUUUUCUCGCAGGGCGAUGCAGUGGGUGGUGUGAUUGCGCAGGUGCAUGAGCAGGGCGGCCGCGUGCUUCCGGAGAAUGAUUCGCGCACGCUUCUUGUCAAGAGGGUGCUGGACCGGCUGAUUCCGGUGAGCGGGUUGAAGGACUUGAAUUGGGAGAUUUUCGUGAUUGACGACGACAACACGGCCAAUGCCUUCGUUCUACCAGGCGGCAAAGUGUUUGUGUUUAGCGGCAUCAUCAACCUGGCGCGCAGCGAGGCCGGCGUAGCUGCGGUACUGGGCCACGAGAUUGCACAUAAUGUGGCCUCGCACGCGGCAGAGCGGUUAUCGCUUGUAUCUACGGGCUACUUGACGGGUGGAUGUCUGUUCUUCUUGUCGGGUAUCUGGACAGGCCUGACGUUGUUUGGCGCGUGGGCAUUCGUAGGGGGUUACUAUCUGCAGGAAUUACUGCUGUUUUUACCGGCAGACCGUAAGCAGGAGCACGAGGCGGACUGUAUUGGGCUGAUGAUGAUGGCGGAGGCGUGCUACGAUCCGCGGGCGGCGAUUGGGUUCUGGCAGCGGAUGGAGGCCAUGUCCAAGGCGGGUGGGCAGGAGGUGCCUGAGAUGCUGAGCACGCAUCCCUCAAACGAGCACCGUAUUGCGAAUAUUGCGCACUGGAUGCCCAAGGCGCUGGAGAAGCAGGCAUCAAGCGAUUGUCAGGGCACGGCGGCGUUUGCCGACCGGUUCCGCGAGGCGCUGAAGAAGCGCAAGCGCGAUGUGCCUUUGUAG